CACUGACUAACGUGAGUAACAAAGUGAGGGAGGGAGUGAGGGAGUGAGUGGUUCACCUCGAGAAGAGAAGCGUUCCGAGAAGUGCCGACCAGCGUCCACGGUUCAGCGUCCCCGGUUCAGCUCCACCCACCGCACCCACCACACACGUACCUCCAUUCUAUUUAGCCCGUCGCCAUCAUCCUCCUCGAUUGGGCCCGCACGGGAUUCCGUCCUAUUAGUCUGGGGUGGCUGGGAUAUCCGUUCGAACACGAACUAGACAGUCGCUGGAAGUGGUCUUGAGCGGGCCCAGCUAUGGCCGAGCCCGGUGAAACGGUCCAAAUGACGGCCUCUGAGCCCACUCAGACCCCCGGCUCCAGUUCUUCCUCGUCGUCGUCGUCCUCCUCCUCCUCCAGCCCGUCCUCGCCCGCCCCGGAUGCCGCCCCCACGCCUACCGUCCCGCCGCCCACCUCGACCGUACCCCCCACCGCUCAGCACGUGGAGGAGGAGCUGGAUUUCGAAAUGGAAGAAGAGGAAGAGGAGGAAGACCCUCUGGCCGCUACGGAAAAGGUCUCCGAGGCCGGCGACACGGCUGAUGACGAUUUGGGGGAUCCAGGCCCCGACAGGGAGCCCUCGGAGGUCACGGCUGCACACGACCAGACAUCCCCCAAAGAUGAUGGAGCGGAAUCGGAUGAGAAAAUGCCUAUCCAGGCUCCGGCUCAUUCGGAUUUGGAGAGUGGCGAGGAGUUGGAAGAAGGCGAGUUGUCGGAUGAGAACGAGGAGGAUCGCAAAGAACGACUCAAGCCGCAGCCCGUUUGUCGUUUUUACAAUAAAGGCCAAUGUACUUGGGGCUCGAGCUGUCGCUUCAUGCACCCCGGGGUCCUAGAUAAAGGCAACUAUUCCAUGUUUGCCGCGCCCAAACCAAUUUUGCCCGGAGCGGAAGGACUAGAUGUGGGCCCAGUGGCACCGGUGGGUCCAGAAAAUCCGGCCGACCCCUUGUCACCCGUCAAAGUCCCUGUUUUGCCGCCAGCCCCGGUGCGGGAAACGGCUUGGGAACGGGGUCUGCGGCAGGCUAAAGAGAUGAAGCGCCGCUCGCAACAACGCAAAGAAACCGAUGCCGAAUACGAAGAGAAACGCACCGCCAUGAGUUUGACGCAGGCCGAGCUCGAUAAAGAGAAUGACUACUAUGUCAAACAGGCCAGUCCAUUGCAUGAUGAGGAUAACUUUAGUGACUACGAAGAUCCAUACGAACCACCCCCACCACCGGUCCGUCGAAUUGCGCCGCCCCCACCCGAUGACUUUUAUCGCGAAGAGCGAUAUCCCCCCCGUCGUGUUCCGCCUGCGUUAACGGGCCGCGAUCGUUUCUCAGAGUCUUCACCUCCGCCCCCUGUCAGUGUUCCGGGCCGUCGUGUAGCCCCACCCCGCUCACCUCCGCUUGCCUCGCCGCCUCGCCGGGGCGAUCAAUGGGAGGACCCGUGGAUGCGUCGCGACCGAGGCGGUGAUCGUGGUCGGGAUCGAGCCCCGGGUAGCGUUCGCCGAAGACGUAGUUACUCAUCCGACGGAUCCUCCCGAUCGUCAUCUCGAUCCUCAUCGGGCAGUUCCAGGUCACGAUCGCGCAGUCGCGGCCGGGGUCGAAACCGCAGACGUUACCGCUCAUCCUCAUUUUCGUCGGGUAGUUCGCGUUCAUCUAGGAGUCGAAGUCGUUCACGCUCUCGAUCGAGAUCCUCCACACCCGAGGGAAUUCCUCGUCGAAUCAAAAAAGAACGAUCAUCGCCACCCUUGGCCCCGCUCGGGAAUAGUAGUGCGCCCACAAAACCCGCGGCAGAAAAUGCCGCACCAUUACAGAAACGGUUGGUGGCCUUAGCCUCGGCUGAUCCUGAGCCUCGAUCGAUCAAGAAGGAGCCCGAGGAUCGAAAGCCCAAAUUGGGUGGUCGACCGCGGCGAGGGUCUUCAUCAUCUCGCUCGCCUUCUCCCUCGGACAAGCGCUCCCGAAAUCAAGUCAAACCUGUGGUCCCACCCGUUAUCUCUUUAGAUGAGCCCCAUCGCAAAACUAAGCCAGGCUCCACCGAGGCCAAAACCAAGAGCUCCAAUGGUGGUACCAGUGGUAGUGCAACCUCUUCAAAGCAACAAAUCAAGCUCACUCUCAAGUCUUCAUCCUCGAAUCGUCCCGCGCCCAAUAAAAACAUAUUUGAGAAAAUGGGGGGUAACCAAGAGGAAGAAGAGGUAAUGCCGCUGGCCGACAAUCCAAGGAAACGAAAAGCCGAACCAACAACGGAUGAAAAGCCAGUCAAAGUUAAAACUGAAAAGAAGAAGAAAGAUAAAAAGACCGCCGCCGAUCGACGGGAGGAGCUUCUGAAACAGUUAAAAGCUGUUGAGAAUGCCAUUGCCAAGAAGAGGACGAAGAUGGACCCGUAAUAUCCACAUAAACAUUGAUUUAUGAGCAAAAUCGUCUUCGAAAUAACUGCCCCGUAUUAUGCGAUCAAAGGUCUCCUUUGAAUCCGUGUUUAUCAGAGAAUAUCAAAUGAAAAUUGUCCAUUCCUCGCUUA